AAAGCCGAGAAGGCUAUAAUCUACAACAGUACUAAGAAGAGGCUAAAUGAUGUCAUUUUGUUUGUGGUGUUAUGGAAGAUCGUUUCGGACUGCGUUUUAUAAUAAGAAAAAUCUAUAUUAACAGAUGAUUUGAAUUAAAUUGUAUAUAUUAAAAAUAUUGGACACGUCAGAUUUUCAAUAGAAUUAAAACCGAAUGAAAAGAAGACAUGGAUAGAGAGAAAACAAAAGGAGCCUUAAAACGAGGACCAAAUAAGGUAAAAGCGCUUUUUCCUCCAGGUGAUUUUAUUGCUUUGGGUACAAAAUCUGCUAGAACAGACACUCCUGAAACUAAAGUAACUCCAAAAGUGCUUGGAUCAACCAGUUCAUCCAGUGAAAGAAAAAGAGAAAGCUCUUCGUCGUCGUCAACAUCCGGUAUACCGACAAAAAAGCAGAAACUUUCAUCGGUCCCACCGAUUACACCGAUAGGAAGAUUAAGUAGUCAUGGCAAGCAUGAAUCGGGAAAAACUGACCAGUGGGAUUCAAUAGCCAUUGAAGUCGAUCCGUCAGAACUGUUGAAUAAAAUAUUUGAAGCAGAAGAUAUGGGUGACGACAACAAAGUGGAAUUAAUGCUGUUGGGAUCUGUAAAGCAUCUGAAGAUUAGUAGAGCAAAGCCUGAGCCAUCUCUUUAUUUGAGUCUUAUGUAUUUAGCAAAGUCCAGGCCUAUGUUGUUUUUAAAUAAAAUGGUGGUAGAAGCAUUUUGCAGUUUAUUAAAACGAGAUGUUAGCGUAAAUUUUAAAACAAAAGGGAACAAUUUGGUUUCGAUUUUAGCUGCAAAUGUGUUAAUGGCAUCACACCACGAUGAAGGUAGAUGGCCGGAAAGUUUUAUUAAAGUGUAUGUUGAAGAUUCACUGGGAGAACGAAUUUGGGUCGAUCAUGAUGAUUGCAAAGGAUUUGUUGAUAAUAUUCUUACGGCAUUUAAUACUAAGAUUCCACCAAAAAGUAUGCUCGCUCCUGAACGUUCUUUCCGACCUGAUGCUUGUCCAAGUCCUCCUACUAUUGGUACAGAUGAUGAUGAAGCAUCCUCAUCAAGUUUGAGCUUAGAAUGUAGAGAAAAUUUAGAAAACAUUGUAGUUAUUCCUAGAUAUCUGCAUAUUGAAGACAGUAUAGAAAAAUAUAUUUUAGAGGUACUUCAUGAUCAAUUGACAAGAAGACAGCCCAUGGAGAUAUCCCGUAAUACUAUUCGUUUAUUGGUAUCUACGUGCGGAAUAAGUGAAGUAAGAUUAAUGGUAGCUCAAAAACUUGAAAUGUGGCUUCAGAAUCCAAAAUUAACACGACCUGCACAAGAUUUGUUAUUAGCUGUUUGUUUAAACUGUAGUCAACAUAAUCAACAUGAUGUUGAUAUAAUAAGCCUGCUGAUAAAAAUACGUCUGAAAACUAAGCCUGUCAUUAAUCAUUUUUUUGCUUGCAUGAAAGAAUUAUUAAAUCAACAUUGUGAAAAUUUAUGCACUGUGUUAAAGCAUGCUAUUUAUAAUGAAUUAUCUAAUGCUCGUAAUCCAAAUAAUAUGCAAUUACUUGGAAUAAUAUUUCAGCAUUCAUCUAAACGUGCUGCAAAAGUUUUAGCCGAAGUUUUUCAGGAUCUUCUUAUUAAUCGCGAUGAUUAUUUAAGAGCUCUUAGAGCUUUAUUUAGAGAAAUAGUUCGCACUGUUCGUCAUGAUCUCAACUUUUCUGCAUUCUGUUGCGGUUUACUUCAGGAAAGAAAAGAAUUGAUGUAUAAGGAACUAGAUCAGCAACUUAGAGAACGUUUAUUUCUUUCUAUAACUGACCUUAUUUCUUUAGCAAUUCUAUUAGCUAUAAGUCCUGCAGUUCGCGAUGCUGCUAUUGCUUAUAACAGAGGAGAUAAGAAAGAUAUUGCAAUAUUAAAGAAUUAUCAGACAUUAGUUGCUAAUAUUCAAAAAGAUGUGGUUGUUUGGAUGCAUACAGUUGUUCCAAAAAUGAUUAAACCAAACAGGAAUGAAUAUGUACAUUGUUUUCAUAAAGCCUUCUUCAUGGAACAAGCAGAUCAUUACUGUAAUAAGGAUAAUUGGCCUCCAGAAUCCGAUAGGAUGUUGAUGCUUCGCUUAGCUUCUGAGGUACCAGUUCUUGAAGAGACACUAAUGAGAAUAUUGAUUAUAGGUUUAUCAAGAGACCAUCCUCUUAAUGCUGCUGACACAAUUGAAUUAGCUGAUCAUUUAAUUAAGCGUGCUGCUUCAGUUCACAUGGACAGCAGUAGUUCUGUUAUACAUAUUGAAAGAAAUGAAAUUUUUGAAGCUUUAUUUAAUCUUUCUGCAUAUCAUCAUCCUGAAAACAUCAGCCUUCCACAGGGAUAUCAUCCACCAAAUCUAGCAAUUUCUGAACUUUAUUGGAAAGCAUGGAUAAUGUUGUUAAUAAUUGUAGCUCAUAAUCCUUCUACCUAUGGUAGAGUUGCAUGGGAAAAUUACCCUACCCUUAGGAGCAUGAUGGAAAUGUGUAUAACAAAUCAGAUAAUAUUUCCACCUCCAACGAUGGCUAUGGAUGAAAAAGCUGAUGAAAUGUGUAAUACAGAAUUACAAAUUUCACAGCUUGAACGUGAUAAAAUAUUAGAAUUUGAAAUACAUCUUGCAGCAGCGUCAACUAAAGUCACUAUUACUGAGCACAAUAGUUUAUUAUUAUCAAAAUUAAUAACAAUGGAUCCUUGUGGUGUAGUGAGAAAACCACCUGCAGCAGUAAUGGAACAAUUAAAGUCUUUAAACCAAACUUUAAAAAUAGGGCAUUUAUUAUGUCAUAGUAGAAAUCCUGAUUUUCUUCUUGAUAUUAUACAUAGACAAGGAACUUCACGUUCAAUGCCAUGGCUUGCUGAACUAGUUGAAUCUAGUGAGGGUUCAUUUAAUAUGUUACCAGUUCAAUGUUUAUGUGAAUUUCUUUUAAAUGAAAGUUCAAAUGGUGCAUUAAAUUUGGAGAAUAAUGAAGAUUCAAAAGAUGAAAUUAAAAAUGAAAAAGGUGAAAAAGUAAAAAAUCGAAAGAAACAAAAGCAGCAACAACUUUUGCAAUUUUUACAAAAUCUUUUACAUAAUCCAAGUGAAGAUGCUUUACCAACAAGUGAAGUUCUAGAUUAUUUCAUGAGGAGGCUGAGCUCUCAACAAUUUAGUGCUAGAUCACUUUCAGUUAAAGCAUUAAAUUUAUUGCUAUCUCAACCUAAUAAAUCACCAAGUUCUGAUGAUGAUGAUUUAUUUGAUAAAGAUGCAAGUGGAGAAUAUAAUUGGAUUUUGAAACAUUUGCCUCUACUUCCUCAUUUUGAAGCUGUUAAAAUACAAAUUAGUCAUGCCUUGAGACAAGCUUGUAAAGUUGAAAAUGAUCCAGCAGCUGUUAUUGCAUAUGUUUGCUUUUUAUCAAUGAACACUCCAGAUGACAGUUUGCAAGAUUUUUCUGAUUUAGCAUUAGAUAUGGCACAGUUGAUUGUGGAGCGGCCAAUUAUUAAUUGCAUUCUUCCCCAAGACCUCAAUUAUGCCAACAACAAUAAUACUUUUCUCAUUGCAAUAUCUGAUAUUUUUAUAAAAUAUUUAAGGAAAGCUAAAGAGCCAUCGAAAGAAGCUUAUUCGUGGUCUUCAUCUCAAGGUCAUAUUUUAGUUCAUUGGUCAACAGGUGAAGCUGCCACAAUGCAUAUUCUUGUUGUGCAUGCUAUGAUCAUUUUACUCACUUAUGGCCCACCUAAUAAUCCCAGUCAGUUUUAUGAAUUAUUGCAAACAUGGUUUCCUUCUGAUUGUAAUCCUCCCCAAGCAUUUCUUGUAGAUACAUCUGAAGAAGCACAAUUGUUACCAGACUGGUUAAAGUUAAGAAUGAUUCGUUCUUCAGUUGAUAUACUUGUAGAUGCUGCUCUAAAAGAUCUUGAGCCAGAUGAGUUAGUACUGUUUGUUCAAUCAUUUGGAUUGCCUGUAAGUAGUAUGAGUAAACUUCUUCAUACCCUUGAUUUAGCAGUGGAAUAUGAUAGCUCAGCUGUAGAACAGGUUGUUGUUGAUAAAGCUUACAUGUCACAAUUGGUCGAAGUGCAACAUCAGAGAGGGGCUGUAGGUGGCACAAAAUUUGCUCAGUUAUUGUUAGAUCGAGAUGAUGAUAAUGUGAAACUAGAAGACAGCUCACCUCUUCCAGCUCAAACACCUGUUAUUCAAAGAGCACCACCAAAACCACCCACUCCACUAUCACCAAAAGUUAUUCAUCAUUCUUUGUUACAGUUAUUUCUUAUUGACAAAUCUGCAGGAAUCCUUACAUCAAGGCAACAACAAGAUCUAUUCAAACGUCUGCAGAAAGCAUUAUCACAGUGUAUAUUAAAUAAAUCAGACAGUAGUUCUGUUUCAGAAUUUAUCAUAGCUUGUGAACAAAUCUUAAGAAGUGAAGAUAAAAUUGCAUUUAUUCAGGCACUCCAUAAUAAAAUUUCUUAUUCUUCUGCUUUAUUUAAAAUAGUUUUGAUUUCUCAAGCAAACUCUAGUGUUUCAUCCCCAUUAACUUUAAAAUUGCUUUGGAUUUGUAGACAAAUAGUAUCACAUUCUCCAAAAAAGUCAUCAUUUUUAUCAAUAAUUAAAAAUUUUACUGAUAAGUUAUGUAGCUUUGAUAAUUCUUCAUGCAUUGAAGAUUGGCAACAAAAGUUAAAUAAAAUAAAAUCAUCUGAUAAGUUGGAUGUAAAUUCAAUUAUUGAAGUAUUUAAAGCAUUACUUAAAGAUAAGCCUGCUUAUUUAGAAGAAGCAGUGAAAAUAUUAGUCAAAGAAUCAGUAAUGAGAAGUGAAACACGAGUAUUAAUAGAAGCAAUGACAAAAUUAAUUAUUGAAAAUACAUUGUCUAUUUCUAAAUCCGAUCCAGUUUUUUGUUUGUUUGUAGAUUGGAUAGAACAGUUGGAACCAGAAAUUAUAUCUUCCUGUCCAGAAUUUCAACAAACUCUACUUUUUUUCAGAAAAGAAAACAAUGUGAAAACUAGUGAAGUUCCUGUACCUUUUCGUCCAUAUUUGUUAGCAUUACUUACUCACCAAGCAGGUUGGAGAACACUUCAUUACUGCAUUAAUUUAGUUCUCAGUCCAAAUGAAAAUAUAAAAAGUAAAUUUCAUUCUUCAGCAGUAUUAGAUUUUCUUUGGGCAUGUAUGCAUAUUCCAAAAAUAUGGCAAGGAAGGGUUAAAAAAACACCAAAACAUUACACUGAAAAUGUUUUGGUUCCUGAUGAAGCACAAAUAUGUUGUGUUAUAGAUUAUAUUAUAGAAGAAGCAAUUGAAAAAGAUCAAAGGCUUCCUAAUUUUGAAACUAACAUAGUAAUAAUGAAUAGGUUACAGUUGUUACUAAAAUGUUGUAAUUUUGAGCAUACAUUGAAUGCUGCUGUGUCUCAUCUUGUGAAUAUCAUAGCAAAGACUGAAGAUAAAUUGAAAAUAGAAAUGGCACAACAACUGUUUUUACAAAUGUAUUUUCAAAUUCCUAGUCUUAUAAGAGACAUAACUGAUAUUUCUACUUUGUUCAAAGAUAUUGAAAUGACAACAAAUAACUUCAGCAAGUUAGAUGUUAUUUCUCAUACUUUAUUAACUUCAUUAGCAGCAGCAGACUCUUCAAAACAUUGUUAUGAACAUAUGACUGAUUUAGAUCUUAUAUGCAGAAAAAUUGCAUCUGCUCAUCCCAUUUUAUUAUUAAGACAGUUGCCAAUGUUAACGGUAUUAUUGCGAGGACGAGUAAGUACAGAAUAUAUUGCAUCGCGAGCAAGAAACCAUGUAACAUUUUUCACAUGCAUUUUAGGAUUAUUAGAAUUACUAUCUCCAUACAUUUUUAAACAGCAAUAUGUCACAUCUUUAGAUGAGAUUUUUAAAUUAUAUAUAGAAUUUUUUCAGAUUCAUGCUCCAUGUAAUAGGGACCUUGUAUCAUUAUUAAAUCGUUUUCUCCUUUUUUUGAAGCAAUAUUUUUUAAUGAAUCCUCAGAAUGCCCAAAAACUUGUUCAAGAUCAAAAAGAAUCAUUUCAAGAACUAUUUUCAAUAUAUCCUGAAGUUAGCAAUCUACGAACAAUAAUGACAGGAACUGCAUUACAACAGUGGAGUCAUGAUAUACUAUAUGUAGAAAGAGAUCCAAGUACUUCAAAAGUUGGACCUCUUGGUAGCUCUUGGAAUCAGGGUCAUUUAUCAGCCAUUGGAUCAAAAUUAUCAAUGGGACAUAGCAUUGAAGAAGUCUGUUGUGCUCUUCAAGAUUUAGAGAAUAUGGCAACUCGGAAAGUUCAAGUUUUAGAUUACUUUCUGGAUGACUUUAAAAGACUUAUCCAAAAUUCAAACUCCCAGUGUCGAAAUUUAGCCUUUACUCUUUUAAUAAAACAUCUUAAAACAAAACCACAUUUAUCAAGAUUGUGUGUAACGGCAUAUCUUCAAUGUUUGGAAAGUGAACAUAGAGACGUUGUCCAUAGUGCUUUAAAACACUUACCAGAAUUUGUUAUUCUUGUUCAAGAAUUUGCAAGUUUAUUAUUGCAAAAAGCAUUUAUAAUUGGAAUAUCCACAAAUGUGAACAGUAUUCCCCAUAUCUGUGAAGCAAUGAUAUUAUUAAAUAUGCAGUCAGGAAGUUAAAGUUUUUUGUAUAAUUUUUGUUUUGCCAUAAAACAAAAUAUAAUUUUGUUUUUGUUAUGUAAAAAGAGAUUUUACUAU